AAGAGGAGUUUGUUUUAAGAUUUGACCCUGGCUUCUCGCAACACCCCUACCCUUUGCACUCCAUAUAAAAUGAAGCUGCUCUAACGGCAGGCAUUUAAGUGAGUACACAGAGUGAGUCAGGAAGAGAGAAUUUUGAAAGAGUAGAUCAUGGCUUCGGUAUUCAUGUGCGGAGUAGAAGACUUGCUUUUCAGUGGGAGCCGGUUUGUUUGGAACUUGACAGUAACAACUUUGAGAAGGUGGUACACACAGAGAAUGAGAGCUUGCCAUCAAGUGAUGAGAACAUGGUGCGGUCUCAGAGAAGUUUAUCAGAUGACAGAAGGCAGGCACUGCCAGGUGCAGCUCCUUGAUGACAGGAAGUUGGAACUGCUGGUUCAGCCCAAACUUUUGUCUCGGGAGUUACUGGAUCUGGUGGCAUCACAUUUCAACCUCAAAGAAAAGGAGUAUUUUGGAAUAACAUUUAUAGAUGAUACAGGCCAGAAUAUAUGGCUGCAGUUAGAUCAUAGAGUUCUGGAUCAUGACUUGCCCAAGAAACCAGGUCCAGCAACUUUGUACUUUGCAGUUAGGUUUUACAUUGAAAGCAUCUCCUUUCUGAAGGACAGAAACACAGUAGAACUCUUUUUCCUGAAUGCAAAAUCUUGUGUGCACAAGGGGCAGAUUGAGGUAGAAAGUGAGACAAUCUUCAGAUUAGCAGCCCUGAUUUUACAGGAAGCUAAAGGUGACUAUUCCAGUGACGAUAACACAAGAAAAGAUUUAAAGGCACUGCCUGCCUUCCCUACCAAGACCUUGCAGGAACACCCCUCACUCACUUACUGUGAGGACAGAGUAAUUGAACAUUAUAUAAAAAUUAAAGGUCUGACCAGAGGACAAGCUAUUGUUCAGUACAUGAAAGUGGUAGAAGCUCUGCCUACAUAUGGAGUCCAUUACUAUGGAGUAAAGGAUAAACAAGGAAUCCCGUGGUGGCUUGGCAUCAGUUAUAAAGGAAUAGGACAGUACGACUUACAAGACAAAGUCAAGCCUAGAAAAUUAUUUCAAUGGAAACAGCUGGAAAAUCUGUAUUUCCGUGAAAAGAAAUUUGCUGUGGAAGUUCACGAUCCGCACAGAAUUUCAGUGUCCAGAAGGACCUUUGGACAGAGCGGACUUGUAGUGCAAACCUGGUAUGCAAACACUUCCCUGAUCAAAUCCAUCUGGGUAAUGGCAAUCAGUCAGCACCAGUUUUACUUGGACAGAAAACAAAGCAAAGCAAAAAUUCCCUCAGCCAGAAGUUUGGAUGAUGUUGCAAUGGACCUGACUGAGAUGGGGACACAAAAGGUUUCCAAACUCGUGACUUCGGAGGCAAAGAAUCAGCUUAUUAUGGCCAGCAACGGCAGUUUAAUCUCUUCAGGGUCUCAAGAUUCUGAGGUCAGUGAAGAGCAAAAGAAGGAGAAAAUUACAGAACUAAAGAAGAAAGAAAAACUGCUGCAAGAAAAACUGCUGCAGAAAGUUGAGGAGCUGAAGAAAAUCUGCUUGCGCGAAGCGGAGCUGACUGGCAAAAUGCCACAGGAGUAUCCACUGAGUGUGGGAGAGAAACCUCCUCAGGUCAGAAGGCGUGUAGGCACAACAUUCAAAUUGGAUGAUAACCUGCUUCCCAGCGAGGAGGACCCCGCUUUGCAAAGCUUGGAGCGCAAUUUCCUCAUACAGCAAAAGAUGGUGGAAGCUGCGAAGAAACUUGCCAGUGAGCCAGACAUGUGCAAAAAUUUGAAGAAGAAAAGAAAACAAGAUUACACUGCUGCCAUGAAAAAGCUUCAAGAGAUUGAAAAUUCCAUAAAUGAAUACAGGAUCAAAUGUGGCAAAAAACCAACGCAGAAAUCAACCCUUAUUUUGCCAGAUGAUACAAUCCCAUCUGAGAGUAGCUCUUUGUCUGAUACAACAAUUUAUGACGAUGCCAAUGAUUCCCUUACAGUGGCAGGGCAGGGAACGAGUUCCGGGCAGCUGUCUCCAAGAAUCCUUCCGCCAAAGUCCCUUGGCGUAGAGAGAAUCCAUCUUAGAAAGUCCUCCAUCAACGAACAGCUCCUGGAAAACAGACAUUCUAGAUAUUUUGGUGAUGGCCACGUGCUGGAUUCUUCUGUUUAUAGUCACAGGGACCCUCUAUCAACACACGGUAGUCCUUACCGAAUUCUGGAACGACAGCCCUAUGGAGGGAGAAGCAUGCCUACAACACCAGUGCUCACACGCAAUGCCUACAGUAGCAGCCAUUUACAGCCGGAUAUUUCCCCAGAGCACUGCAUACAGCGCAGUGGGAGUCUGGAAUCCCAAACCCCUUUGCUGUCGGAGACGGCCGGUGAAAAGCCUGUGUUCUCCUUCUCAAAAUCCCAGCGAAGCAGCAGCACUGAAAUACUAGACGAUGGAUCGUCCUACACCAGCCAGUCAAGUGCAGAGUAUUCCUGCGUGACGCCUAACCCCAACCCGUAUUACACCACUCAGACGCUUGACAACCGCAUGAGAGGCCGAAGGAGGUCUAAAAAACAAAACAUUUCUGCUGCCAAUUCAGGAAGCAUGCCAAAUCUUGCCCAGAAAGACUCACGGACUGGGGUCUACCAAAAGAGUCAGGAGCAGCCUGCCUCUAGUUACUAUGUUUCUGGCUAUUCACCUUACACUGAAUGUGACGUUUAUUACAAUGGGGGAUACGUUUACGAGAAUGACACAGAGGGACAGUAUAGCGUCAACCCUUCCUAUCGCUCAUCGGUGCACUGUGGGUACGACCGUUAUCGGGAACUCAGGUCCUACCACGAAGGGGAGAUGGAAAGAGUACCACACAAUCCAUAUGCAACUUUGAGACUUCCAAGGAAGCAAGUUGCUAAAACGCAGCAUAUAACCAAAAACAUUCACAAGGCCUUAGUUGCAGAGCAUCUCCGUGGUUGGUACCAACGUGCCUCCGGUCAAAAGGACCAGGGUCAGAGUCUGCAGGCAGGCUUUGACUCUGACCGGGGAUCCCAAAGAAGUCUGGGCUUUGCAGGGCUGCAAGUACCAUGCUCUCCUAGCAGCCGGGCUUCUUCUUUCUCUUCAGCAUCUUCUGCAAACACUUCUGGAAACUGGCGGAACCAGAUUGCUCUAGGGCUUUCCGAUUACGAUACAAUGUCUCAUUCCUCUUAUACCAGCUGUUAUGGGAAUGUUUAUGGCAACCUUCCACUGCAGAGCAGAGCAUAUGCAGAGACAAGCCAGCUGGAGGAUGCUGAUGAGAACCAGUUGGAAGCUGACUUGCACAAUAACGAGCAGAGGCUAUUUUGGCAUGAGGAUUCUAAGCCUGGGACGCUUGUGUAGGCCAUCGACAGCCCUGCAUUUGCACCCUCCAUGUGCCUUGCACAGAAUGCUGUUCCUUCGGAAGAGAUCUCCUGUGGAAUUCCCCCCCACCCCACUCAAAAAUGAAAGUAUUUUGGCUUGUGGGUGAAGAUUGUGUUCAGCAUUAAGAGGGACAUGCACAAAAUUACAAAGUCUUUCCAACAAUGGCAUUUCUUUCUGAAUCCAGACAGUAGCCUAACUGAGCAAGGGCAAGCCGCCACUGAAUCUAUGAGGAGAUGCAGCACUUGGCUGAAGUAUUUAUAUUUAGCAAGCACUUUUUAGAAGACUGGAAGGUGUUGAAGGCAAACCUCAACAAAAUGUGAAAAGGUGACUUAUGGAGAAAACAGGAAUUUUAGGAGUACAGUUCAGAUGGCUGAAAGAAGAAGAAAUAAAAAUGUCUUCUGCCGUCACUUAUGAUGACCAAGAAGGACUUCAUAAGCUGAUGAAGGAUACUGUGUGUGUGUGUGAAUGAGGCAAAGAUUGACUCAGUCAGUAUUGGAACAUUACUUGAAGGAAGGCUGGAUUUUUUAAUGGAGGUUUGAAUGAGCUAAAAAAAUUUUUUUGCGGGGGGGGUGGGGGAGUGUUAUUAAGAGUGUUUGUACACACCACAAAAUGGAUUCUGGAAAGAAAGGCAAUUUACUAUUGUAACAUAUAAUGUAAAACUAACCCUAGAAGGCUGUGGAUUUUGGAAAUAGAAGGAACAGUUGUACUGUUUCCAUGAUAAAAUGUAAUUAAUAUCCUCACUUUUAAAUGAAUUUUCCAUCGUACAAUUUCAUUGUGCAGAUGGGCAUGCAAAGAGCCAUGUUGAAUGCACAGUGAUCUCUUAAUUAGAUAGCUAUUACAUUUUGCUCUGCCAGACUGAUGGAAAAUCGGAGGUGGAAUGCUCUAGUUAUCACAUGUGGAGCAAUUUUACUGAACUGGCCAGUAUUCUAAGGUGGAUGCAAAAAAUAAAUAAAUAAAAAGACCAAGACGGUGCCUUAAAAUUGAGGGCAUUAGAAUUGUAGAACGUCAUCUGAAACGCCAGGUGCACUACUAAGUCACUAAGUGACAAAACAGCAUUUUCACAAAAUCAUUUACAUUGUUUUUGAAAAAUCAACAGCAGUUUUGAUCUAGGAGGGAUAAGCCUACCUCAUAUCAUCCAUCUGUAGAAACCAAUUAGUGUGGACUAACUUGUGUAGUUUACAAAAAUAAAUAUAUAUUUGCAUACUGUAAAAUAAUUCUUGUUUCUCAUCUGUACUGUGCUUCAGGACUCCAUAAAAUGGUGCUCUUUUUUUUUCUUUUAUACAGAGGAUUAGUUAGUCCUUGUUCAUAUUGUGAAUAGCAAAGUUUCUGAUCAACUUUUUUGAACAUUUUUUUACAGUAUUCCAAAGCAUGUAAUAUAGACCGAAAGACAAAUUUCUUAAGCUGGUCCUCAGUCAUUUGUAUUAUUAGAGUUGAGGUUUGGAAUAAACAAAACAAUAAAAAAAUAA